GCUUAGCCUGGCUGUGAAGGCAAAGUCAGAUACACACACACACACACACACCUGCCCACUCAUCAGUUCACACCCUCAGCGCCUCUUCUCGCUUUUCUUUUAUCUCUUUGUUUGUCUUCUCCUUCUUCCUCUUUCCCCACUGACACUUGUAUCUGACUUUUAAAUGCUCGUCUAUUUCUGUCUCUAUAUCUCCCUCCAUCUCGUUCUUUAUCUCUGUCCUCCAGAUGUCAGGCUUCUUUUUGCUGCAUGUUAUACAUGCACAGCUUAUCCAUGCCCGCACAAAUCCAGCAGGAUUCCUUGGUUUCUCUCUUUGGAAGAGUAACGAGUAAAACAGAAGAAAGAGGAAUAAGGGAUUGCCUUGUCAGGAGCAGUUACUCAAAUAAUGUCCAGACGGUGAGGAGUAAAUACAGGAACAAGCCCGGCCUCGGAACAUGAUUGGCUGUGAGGGCUUGAAGGGGUGAAAUCCUGAGAGGUGGCCGCUCCAAUGGCGUGGACCGAGCCACGGACGCGCCCAGACCCAAAGCAAGAACUAAAAUUGACGCCUUACAAUGGCAGGACUUUUCCAUCAGCCAUCCUUCAAGUGCAGCAUCCAUUUUUACUGCCCAUCCUUCUCCUGCUUGCUGCCUUUGCUGACCUGGGAACUGCCGGUCCACCCCAGCCAGCCCGUCCCCCUCUCCUGUCUGGACAGCCUUUUAUCAUCUUCUGGGGUAUUUCUGACUCUGCCUGCUCUGGUCGGCCAGAUCCAAGCUCUUAUGGGAUGGAACGGGAGGGCCGUGUGGCCGUUUUUUACGAGGACACACUGGGGAACUACCCUUAUUUUAUAGAUAAAGACACACCGGUCAAUGGCGGGUUACCACAGCACACACGGCUGGACAACCACCUUCAAAAGACACAGCAGGACAUAGAGGCAGCUUUACCUGCCCCAAGGUACCUUGGGCUGGGGGUGCUGCGCUGGGCAGAGUGGGUUCCCCAGUGGUCAAGAAACAGAGAGAAGCAGGCGAUGUGUCUAGAGGCAUCUAGAAACCUGAUGAAGAAUUUCUUUCCGAGCUGGACCCCAGAGGAGGUCGAGAGGUGGUCACAGGUGGACUUCGAGGCAGCAGCGCAGGCAGUAAUGACGGAAACUCUACGGGAUGUCAAAAGGUUGAGGCCCAAAGCAUUAUGGGGAGUCUCCCCUUACCCCAGCUGCUACAGCGGGGAUCCCGCCCAGACCAUAUUAGCCAAUUACACCAGCCAGUGCCCUGCUACGGAGAUGGCCCUUAACGAUGAGCUUCUGUGGCUAUGGAAACGAUGCUCCGCUCUCUACCCUCUCUUCACCCUGGAGAAGAUGCAGGGUGGUACCUCUGGAGCAAGGCUUUAUUUGUCCAGUCAAAUCAAAGAAGCACUACGAGUUUCGUCUCUGAGUGGGACGGCAUUUGAUCUUCCUGUAUUCCCACUGAUCAAGAGUGUCUACGCCUCUACUAACACUUUCCUGUCACAGGCAGACCUGGUCAGCACCAUAGGAGAGAGUGCUGCCAUGGGAACAGCCGGAGUUGUCAUCUGGGAGAGAAGUGAGACUAAGACGGAGAGAGAAUGUCAGGACCUAGCAGAGUUCGUCCGUAAGGUACUGGGACCCUACUCCAUGAACGUAACCACGGCAACUCUGCUUUGCUCAGCCUCUCUGUGCCAGGGAAAGGGACGAUGUGUUCGUCAAAAUCCAGAAAGCUCGGCAUACCUCCACCUCCCGCCGCCCUCCGCACUCACACCUCCAUCUCCAUCUCCAUCGGAAGUGGUGGAGAAGGAGACAGAAAAGGGAGAGGCAGAAAAAGCCACAGAUCAGCCAGACUCAAACACUAAAGGAGCCGAACCAGACCCAGCAGAGAUCUGGAAGAAGGACUUCCAGUGCCAGUGGUACAAGACCGCAGACGGGGAGGUCUCAGACCAGCAGUCCCCCAAAGACGGAGCGUCCGUUGGGGUUAAAGUAAAAGAAAAGGCUGAAGAUGUAAUGGGGACAACAAGAGCUCCUUCUCCAAGAGCUUCUACAACAAAAGGGGCCUCUGUGAUUGAGUCAAGAGGAAGCAGUUCAGCUAGUACUGAAAGUCCAUCGCCUUCCCUGGAAGUAACUACCAGUAGUUGUACGACUCCAUCAAGUGCCCCAAACCUUACUGGUCUGCUGUUGCUGGUGGCUGGAAGUCUUACCUGGAACUUUCAAAUGUGAAGAAACCAGCCUUUAUCAGGAAGCUCUGGGUUAGGAAUGCAAUAUGAGCCCUUCUGAAGUGCCCUUGAGCAAGACACUGAUCACUGCUAGCUGCAGGAGUGCUGCUCUGUUCAGUACAACACCCUAUGUUUAAAGCUGGAACUUCAAACAUAUCAACAAAUGUGCCAAGAGACAUUAGUGGUACAAACACUUGUCACUUUUUCUUUCAGUUUCUCCAGGCUGUAUUUAAAUCAUUUUCAGAGAAAGGAGAUGUGACAUAUUAGAUAUUUAUUGUCAUAUCGAAUCAGCCAUGUUUUACCGUGACAACAGAUACAGGAAAGCAGUCUGUUUGUUUUUGUUUUUUUUGCACAUUUUGUUUGUACAUUUGUCUGUCUGUGCUUUGCAAGUUUCUCUUUUCAUUUAGUAGUUAAGUGGGAUUUAAAGGGGUGAGGUAUAUUUGAAAUACAAGUGAACCAGCCCUUUAAUCUGUCUUAACGAGUUAUCGUUUUUGUUCAUUUCUUUUCCAUUAGUAAGUUUGACAUCUAGGACAAAGGACAUAUGUGUUAACAUUGGCCUUCAAAUGUUGCAUAUUGUCAAAAACAUCCAGACUUUGUGGCAUCAAAUAUUAGUAUUUUUUAAAAAGGUCCAUUCACUUAACUGCAGCUCACUAGCUUCUUCUGCCUGAGUUGUAGCUAAAUUCAACAUGGUGAUUGUAAUUGAAAUGUCAAAGCAGCAAAAGCAGAGGUGUAAACAUUACCAUUAUUGAUGGCUGGAUUUAAUUUAACUGAUUCAGCUUCAGGGUCCUGUUGUGCAUGCUGGCUCACUGUCACAGCUU